AUGUCAUCAAUGUCAGUAGAACUUAGGACUUCUAUACUAGAGAAUGCUGAUGGAUCAGCAGAAUUAACUAUUGGUGGAACCAAAGUAAUAACAUCUAUUUCUGGACCGAUAGAACCAAAACAACGUCAAGAAUUACCAAAUCAAUCAAGUUUAGAAAUAAUUGUACGUCCAGCAACUGGAUUACCAACAACUAGAGAAAAAUUGAUUGAAGAUAAAUUACGUUCAGUUUUACAAUCAGUUAUUAUAAGUUAUAAAUAUCCUAGACAAUUAAUUCAAGUUGUGGUACAAUUUUGUAAUACUGAUGAAUCUGUGGAAUUUAAUGUUAAUGAAUUAAAUGCAGCUAUAAAUUCUUGUUAUUUUGCAUUGAUUGAUGCUGAUGUGGCAUUAUAUAGUUCUUUUGCUAGUGUGGUUAUAUCUAUAAAUCUGGGUAAUUUGAUUAAAGAACCAACAGGAGAUGUUUUGGAAACUAGCGAUUCUUUCCAUUUAGUGUGUUUCACAAUACAAGAUGCUCAAGCCAAGAAGUUGUUAAUGUUGGAAAGUCAAGGUGAGUUUACAGAACAAGAGUUGUUUACUGUGUUGAGUGAAAGUGUUCAUGAAGUUGAGAAUUUGCAUACUAUUCAAAGAAAAUUCAUUGAAGAUAAAAUCAAUCAAGAUUACAUAUGGAAAAGACUGGAAUAA